UCGCUCUAACAGGCUGACAUUUCUCAAUUCCCAAUGAAAUGCUCUUAGUGGGAACCAACAGAGACAACGCCUCGACGCAUUGUUAAUUGCAGAGACAGAGAGAGAGAGAGAGAGAGAGAGAGAGAGAGAGUCUGUGGGAGAGACUAUGGCAACGACGACGGAUAUGGGGUUGACCGGAGACCAUUCAGCCAGAGAAUCGGAAGACGGCGACGGCGAAUGUGCCGGUGGUGGUCGUAUUGUGGUGGUGGGGGUCAAGUUGGACCCGCGUAGCCGGGAAUUGCUCACGUGGGCUCUGGUCAAGGUGGCACAGCCUGGCGACCAUGUCAUUGCCCUUCACGUCCUAGAUACCCUUACCGAGGGCACAGCGUCGCUUAUCUCGCUCGUGAAGACGUUUGAUUCCGUGCUCUCCGUGUACGAAGGCUUCUGCAACUUGAAGCAGGUUGAUCUGAAGCUGAAGGUCUGUAGAGGUUCGACGGUCCAGAAAAAUAUUGUCAGGGAGGCGAAAUUGUACGGUGCGGCAACGGUGGUUGUGGGAACUUCUAAAACACAUCAAACAAUCAGAUCAUCGGCCUCGGUCGCCAAGUACUGCGCCAGGAAAUUGUCCAAAUAUUUUGCCGUUUUCGCCGUUGAAAAUGGCAAAGUUGUGUUCCAGAGAGUGGCAACUUCUAGUAACGCCAAUAAAUUGCGAGGAGGAGUAAAUUUGAGCGAGGGUCCCGGGAGUGUGGAAAAAUCCAGCGCGGCUCUGAAGAAGAAGACCCCAAAGGAGAAUUGCUCGAGUUGUGCAUCGAAUUCUCUAUUGCUGGAGAAUUGUGGAAUCCAAUCUACGGAAGAGUUGCCCGGAGAUGGUGUCCAGGACCAUUCGUUGGCUUUGGUACCGUACCAAUCAACUGAGGCCGAUGCAAAUUCAAGUUCUGUUGUUGUCCAGGACUCACCGGGUUUGGGAUCUGGCUGGUCAAUUCUUCGGCGGAUGUUUCUACCCAAGCGGCAAUAUGUGGAGAAAUCUGCGAAAAGGACUUCUGUGUUUCAGUGGGUAUCGAGAUUACCAAGCUGGCAUUCUUCAGCUGUGGUGUAUCCUGAUCAGAAGAAGAGUACUUAUGAUCAGGAUGAUGAUAAUUAUUCUUCGCUUGACGAAGAGAGUGGUGCAAUUGUGCCAUUCGGAUCUGCUGCUGUGUGUCCUCCUCUUUCCCCUUGCAAUGCCAUGGGUAGUCUUCCUAAAGAAUUGUUGGGUUUACAUGAGAAAUACUCAUCCAUCUGCAGGCUGUUUACCUACCAGGAACUCUCGUCGGCAACCUCUAGUUUCAUGCCUGAGAAUAUGGUUGGUAAGGGUGGUAGUAGUUAUGUUUACAAAGGGUGUCUUCCUGAUGGCAAGGAGUUGGCAGUUAAAAUUUUGAAGCCAUCUGAAGAUGUUCUCUCAGAGUUCGUUCAGGAAAUUGAAAUCAUCACAACUUUACAUCAUAAGAACAUAAUAUCUCUUUUUGGUUUCUGUUUUGAGGACAACAACUUGCUAUUGGUCUACGAUUUUCUUUCAAGAGGAAGCCUAGAAGAGAACCUUCAUGGUAGUAAGAAGGGUGGAAAAGCAUUUGGUUGGCAAGAGAGAUUUAACGUGGCCAUGGGAGUCGCUGAGGCGUUGGACUUUUUACACAACGGCUGUGUGGAACCUGUGAUCCAUAGGGACGUGAAAUCCUCCAAUAUCCUUCUUUCUGUUGAUUUUGAGCCACAGCUCUCAGAUUUUGGACUUGCUAGUUGGGCUUCAGCGUCAUCCCAUAUUACUUGUACUGAUGUUGCAGGAACCUUUGGUUACUUGGCCCCGGAAUACUUUAUGCAUGGCAAAGUGAGUGACAAAAUUGAUGUCUUUGCAUUUGGCGUUGUACUUCUUGAGCUUCUUUCAGGUAGAAAGCCAAUUAACAGAACACAUCCAAAGGGUCAAGAGAGCCUAGUAAUGUGGGCACGGCCAAUUUUGAACAGUGGGAAGUUUCCCCAAUUGCUUGAUCCAAGCUUGGAAAACGGCUAUGACAAUGAUCAGAUUGAGAGGAUGGUUUUGGCUGCAACCCUUUGCAUUAGACGUGAACCUAGAUUACGGCCUCAAAUAAGCCUUGUUUUAAAGCUUCUUCAAGGUGAUGAGGAAGGAACAAGGUGGGCAAAGCAGCAACUCUGUACAUCAGAAGAAGUUGACGUUUUAGAUGGAGAAUCAUUUGUUGCUAACAUCCAGUCCCAUCUUAGUGUUGCGCUGCUAGACGUUGAGGAUGAUUCACAUUCUAGUAGUAGCAGUGAGCAAAGUAUCUCAAUAGAAGACUAUCUGAAAGCAAGAUGGAGCCGCUCAUCUAGCUUUGACUAAGUUUAUCUGCAGAGAUUUGCAAUUAUGCAAGCAGACAUUGUUCUUUUUCUGCAUCCUGUUUCUUUUAUCCCUUUUGUAUAUGCCUCAAGUGUUUUGUAUUUCCAAUUUUUAGUUCACUCACUUAAGACUGGGUCUUGGAAGAGGAGGUUCUUUGCAAGAGGUUUGGCCCCCUCCUGGACUUGGUAGUUAUGUCACAAUCCUUGUCUCUUUGAGCUGCGAUAAACGUAAAAUGAGCAUAUAUUACUUGUCAUUGCGUUCAUGUAAAGUGGUGAAAAUUAGAUCUUUGUGCAGCUCCCUAGCUAGCUUCUCUCA